CAAAUUAUUCCCUAUCUACACCUCACUCUUAGAAGCAUAUAGUGCCAAUAGCAUAUUUUCCCCCUAGUAUCGCUUCGGAUUCCAUUUCACACAAGCUACUAUAUUCUCUGCCGGUACGGGUGAUUUUUCUUUGUUUAUUUACAACCUCCCUAGCUCUUUAUUAAUAGGUUUUGAUGCAGCUAAUGCAGGACCCUGUCGCCAUCCCGGGGUACAGAAACUUCACGGACAUGGCUACAUAAAUAAAAUAAGUGAUUUUCAACUACAGCAUAAACAGCGAGCUUAGGGAGGAACUAUUUCAACUCAUCCUGCUCUUCUCUCUUAGCUCCCCUUUUUUCACCUUUUUUCCUUAGUGACACAAACUUCAGCCGCACUAAGCUAAUUUACGUACCAUACCACAGCCUCACGAGCCAACGUACAAACCAGCAAACCCUACGCCAUGGCAAACUCGAUAGAUAUCGAUAUCGACAAGCAGAUAUCUGAGUAUUUAAAGAAGAGGGAGGCGCUGGUUGCUAAAGAGAAAGAGUUACGCCAUGGUAUGCCUUCCCCAAAUGAACCUCUCAUGUCAUCCAUCUGAUGUUUGUACGCUCCAGACUAUAAAUUCAGAAAAUCCCUCUCACCAACCGCGAAACGUGCCGCGGCGAUAGUCGCCCGGAUCAGACAGCACGAAGCAGAGACGGUAUGGACGAAAGAAACCGAGGAGGAAGAAGGGGACGUAUACCCCGGUAUGAUGUUCACUCUCGCCAAGGACCGCAUGGAAAAGACUGAGCUAUGGAGGAUUGUGAAGAAAAUGCCCAAGGGGUGUUUGUUACAUGCUCAUUUGGAGGCCAUGGUUGAUAGUAUGCCUUUUUCCCUCCCACCUCCGCUGCUGUGGGAUGUUGAGUUGCUAAUAGAGGAUUAGUGGAUUGGCUGUUUGACGCUGCGCUGAAUACCCCCGGGUUCCAUAUAUCUUCGGAUAUUCCUCUUACUACGCCGAAGGCAUUGGGGAAGGCGAAUAUCCAGUUUACCUAUUGUGCUACGACCCCGAAGGUGGCCGAAGGGCUUUGCUCGUCGCAGUAUGAACCUAGAAGUCUAGUCCCGGUGACUGAGUUUGCAGAUUCGUUCCCGGCGGACUUGCUCCCGAGCGAACCUUUGGGAAAAAAGACUCCCCGGGAACGCUUCCUAGAGUGGAUUAUUGCCCGUACUACAAUCACUGCCGAGGAAAGUUUGAGGCACCACGAGGGGAUAAACAUGAUUUGGGCGAAAUUUCAGAGUAUUUUCCUAGUUGUUCAAGGGAUUAUCAACUAUGAGCCGGUUUACCGACAAUUCGUAUUACUCCCUUUAGCCCCCGGACUACCUAGACUACACUGACAUUUACAGUUCUGGAACAUCCUCCACCAUCUCCACCAAGACGGCAUUCUAUGGGUCGACCUCCGCGUAGCUUACCCAAUAACCUUCAGAGCCGCCGAAACCGGUGCCAUACUCACAAGCGCAGACGCCGUAAAAGUCUCCUCGGAAGUAAUCGAAGCCUACAAGUCAUCCCUAGAAGGCAAGGGCUUCUGGGGUGCCCGCAUUAUCUGGACUAGCAUCCGCCGGUUCGACCAAGAGGCAAUAAUAGCCAGCAUGAAAGAAUGCGUAGAAGCCAAGAAGUUAUACCCGGACGUGAUCGCAGGCUUUGACCUGGUGGGACAAGAAGACCUCGGACGAACUCACCUAGAAAUGCUCCCAGAGUUAUUAUGGUUCAAAGAGUACUGUAAGCAACAGCACGUUGAUCUCCCGUUCUUUUUCCAUGCCGGAGAAACACUGGGCGACGGAAACGGCACUGACGGGAACCUCUUUGACGCGAUACUACUCGGCACCAAACGCAUCGGCCACGGUUUCUCGCUGCACAGACAUCCACACCUCAUCUCCCUGGUUAAGCAGAACAACAUAUGCGUUGAAGUCUGCCCCAUAUCGAACGAGAUCCUCCGCCUAACGUCGUCGAUCCUCUCGCACUCGCUACCGGCAAUGCUAGCGCAUGGCGUCGGAGUGUCGCUUAACAACGACGACCCGGGAAUCCUAGGACAGAAGACUACAGCAAGCGUGACACACGAUUACUGGCAGGUGCUACAGGCGUUCGAUAAUGUUGGUUUGGAAGGACUCGGAGAUAUGGCGUUGACAGGGGUGAAGUUUGCUGCCUUCGAAGGUGGAGAGGUGGGUGUUAUGGAGGGGCCAAGAGUUCAGAGGGUGGAGGAGUGGCGGAAGAGGUGGGAGGUGUUCUGCGAGUGGGUUGUGGCGGAGUUUGGCCAUUGGGAGGGGAAGUAGGAUGAGUGACUGGAGGUGAUUGGAGGGGGGAUCAUACAACCUCGUCAUGUGCGAGUACACUAUUUUUCUUUUGAUAUCCUCACAAGAUGGGAGUAAGCGUAGAUAAUAAACGAAUGACUGCUCAAC